CCUGUGCACGUCCUACGUCUCUCACGCGCAGCACCAGACCGCAGGCGGAGGAGGAUGGCGCUGCUGGCGAUGAGCUUGGGGCUGGUGCUGCUGGCCACGCACCUGGCAGCCUCUCUGAACAAUCAAUUUGGUCAUCCUUCAGGAUAUAGAACACCAAACUGUAAUCAAUAUAGAUUACCAGGAUGUCCCAGAGACUUUAACCCUGUCUGUGGAAGCGACAUGUCCACUUAUGCCAACGAGUGUACUCUGUGCAUGAAAAUCAGGGAAGAUGGUCAUGAUAUAAAAAUAAUCCGAAGUGGACCGUGCUGAUGGAGCAUUUUACAGAAGAGAAAUUGGAGAAACCACCUUCAACUACACACUAGAUGAACUGCAUUUUCUCUUUUUCUCUUUUCCUAUGUUUCUUUGCAUGAGAUUUGUUAACUCACGUUUUCCGAGAGGAGAUGUGGAAGACAACCAUGUGCAGUAACUGAUGAUUAAAGCAAAAAACAAAACAAAACAAAAUCGUUGUUUCUUGGCUUUUGCCCCUUGAGUCAAGCUUAUUGCUCAGGUGGCUUGUGCAUUGCUUUAUUUAGUUGGAAUAAA